AAUAAUCAAAUGUCAAUUUUGACAAGGAAGGAAACUAGAAAAAAAAGGAACAAUCUCGGAAAAAUCAUGCUUAGUUGACUGGUAAAUAGAUUUGACCGGGCGAAAUACCGGAUAUAACCGGAAAUCACGAACCGGGUUCACCUGCUAUAUAAACACACACCUACACAACUUGUCUCCAUACAUCAUCAUCUUCUUCACAGGCCUUCUCAUUUCAUCUCCGUCUCUGCAGAUAACUCUCUCUCUCUCUCUCUCGCACGAGUUUUCAUUUCACCUGCAGAGCUCACGAUCUUAUUCAAUGGCGUCGAGAAACUCCGUAGCCGGAUUCGCGCUAGUCACAUUCGUAUUCGCCGUCUUCUCGUCUCUCGCCGGCGCUCAAACUCUAUCUCCCGCUCCUGCUCCCACCAGUGAUGGGACAUCGAUAGAUCAAGGGAUAGCGUAUUUGCUGAUGGUGGUGGCGCUCGUGCUGACUUACCUAAUCCAUCCUCUCGAUGCAUCUUCUUCCCUCAGCUUCUUCUGAUUAUUUUUUUAGUUUCAUUUUGAGCGCUAUUAUUGUGGAUAACAAACAGUCUCUCAUGAUUUGUGCUUCUUCUGUCUUGAUUAUUAUGAUGAUGAUGAUGAUGAUUUUCGGGGAUUGAAUCAAUCAUAUUGUUUGUUUGUUUGUUUAUCCUCUUUUAUAUUUAAUUUAUUCUUAUUCAUAUA